AGAGAUCUAACGCGAAAACUGUGCCUUUCUUCUCUUACUUUUCUGAUAGUCAAAGACUCCCAAUUCUGAAGUCCCCAUGUCGCUCUCCAUAUACAUUAAGUUGUGCAUGGCUAGGAGGUGACAGAGUGAACCCCAUACCUAGGUUAUCGUUUCGAGGACUUAUAAUAUCAAACUUUCAAUAUUUACGAGAAACUAGCCGUGGUCUCAUAAAAUCAAGUCUUCUGGUUAUGUCCGCAGACUUCUGGGCCGGCUAUAUCAGCGGAGCUGUUGGUAUCCUAAUCGGAAAUCCCCUGGAUCUUAUUAAGGUGCGGCUGCAAGCGCGCAAUGGCAUACCUACUCAAACAGUCACAUCAUAUGUCCGGCAGUUCGAAAGCAAGUCUGCUCUAGUAGCCGGGACUGCUGCGCCUGUGCUCGGCUAUGGCGCUCUAAACGCUCUCCUCUUCGUCUCGUAUAACCGCAGCGAAGCCGCUAUAAAUACUGCCCUGAAAUGCCAGUCAAACCUCUGGACUACGUGGUUCGCUGGUGCCGUUGGUGGCCUAGCAACCUGGGCCGUGAGCACUCCAACCGAGCUGAUCAAGUGCCGUGCUCAAUUGUCAUCGCCUCCAGCGUCGAGCUGGAGCAUUGCGAAGCAGGUGUUCAAGACCGAGGGCAUCAGAGGGCUAUAUUUCGGCGGUGUUGUCACAGCGUUGAGAGAUAGUAUUGGGUAUGGAUUCUAUUUCUGGUCCUACGAACUGAGUAGCAAGUGGGUUGAGUCUAGCCGACCGAGCGCCCCCAACUUCUCACACGAUGCAGCAAAGGUCUUGCUUUGUGGUGGUCUGGCUGGUAUCGUCACCUGGGUCAGCAUCUUUCCUCUCGAUGUCAUUAAGACCAGAGUUCAAGAACAAACUUUAGAUACUACGAAAGUGCCACUACUUAAUUCCCCUCUGUCAACCCAGAGGCGCCUAGGGGCAAUCGAGAUUGCCAGAGCCGCAUAUAAAGAAGAAGGCGUUCGAGUAUUCUUUAGAGGGUUAACCGUAUGUAGUGUUAGGGCCUUCAUUGUUAAUGCUGUUCAGUGGGCCGUUUACGAAUGGAUCAUGCUCGAACUGGGCCAGGGAAGGCAUAAAAAGCUAGAGCCCAUCUAGUCCAGAGGAAUUGUUUGCUCACGGUAUGAAGUUUAGGUUGAGUCUACGAUAUUUUAAUGUCACGACCGAAAUUUGAAAGCCAAUACACCAAGUCAAAUGUGACUAAUUGCAGGGGACCCUAUUGGCCCGGUU